GGCCCUCGCAGGCCCAUGGCGGCGGCCGCGGCGCUCCCGGGCGCGGGCGGGCCUCCCGCGGGCGGCGGGGCCGGGGGCGGCGGGGGCGCGGGCGGCGGGUCCCCGCCGGGCGGCUGGGCCGUGGCGCGCCUCGAGGGCCGCGAGUUCGAGUACCUGAUGAAGAAGCGCUCGGUGACCAUCGGGCGCAACUCGUCGCAGGGCUCGGUGGACGUGAGCAUGGGCCACUCGAGCUUCAUCUCGCGGCGCCACCUCGAGAUCUUCACGCCCCCGGGCGGCGGCGGCCAUGGCGGGGCGGCCCCGGAGCCGUCCGCGCAGCCCGGGCCCGACACCGGCGGCGACUUCUACCUGCGCUGCCUCGGCAAGAACGGCGUGUUCGUGGACGGCGUGUUCCAGAGGCGCGGGGCGCCGCCGCUGCAGCUGCCGCGCGUGUGCACGUUUAGGUUCCCAAGCACAAACAUCAAGAUCACGUUCACUGCCCUGUCCAGUGAGAAGAGGGAGAAGCAGGAGGCUCCUGAGUCCCCAGUGAAGCCCGUGCAGGCCCACAUCUCGCCCCUGACCAUCAACAUUCCAGACACCAUGGCCCACCUCAUCAGCCCCCUUCCCUCCCCCACAGGAACCAUCAGUGCUGCAAACUCCUGCCCAUCCAGCCCCCGGGGAGCAGGGUCUUCGGGGUACAAAAUGGGCCGUGUGAUACCAGCUGACCUCAAUUUAAUGGCCGACAACUCCCAGCCAGAAAAUGAAAAGGAAGCUUCUGGUGGAGACAGCCCAAAGGAUGAUUCAAAGCCACCUUAUUCCUAUGCACAAUUAAUUGUACAAGCAAUUACAAUGGCUCCUGACAAACAACUCACUCUAAAUGGGAUUUAUACUCACAUCACUAAAAAUUACCCAUACUACAGGACUGCGGACAAGGGCUGGCAGAAUUCAAUUCGCCACAAUCUCUCUCUGAAUCGGUAUUUCAUCAAAGUACCACGUUCCCAGGAAGAACCAGGCAAAGGCUCAUUCUGGAGGAUAGACCCUGCCUCUGAAAGCAAAUUAAUAGAGCAGGCUUUUAGGAAAAGACGGCCUAGGGGCGUGCCUUGCUUUAGAACCCCUCUGGGACCGCUCUCGUCUAGAAGUGCCCCAGCCUCUCCCAAUCACGCUGGAGUGCUGUCUGCUCACUCCAGUGGUGCCCAGACCCCCGAGAGCCUGUCGAGGGAAGGUUCCCCGGCCCCCCUGGAGCCGGAGCCCAGCGCGUCACAGCCCAAACUGGCCGUCAUCCAGGAGGCACGGUUUGCUCAGAGUGCACCAGGCUCUCCCCUGUCUAGUCAGCCUGUUUUAAUCGCCGUGCAGCGGCAGCUGCCGCCGACGAUCAAGCCUGUCACCUACACGGUCGCCGCCCCCGUGACCACCGCGACCUCCCAGCAGCCUGUCGUGCAGACGGUGCACGUCGUCCACCAGAUCCCCGCGGUGUCCGUCACCGGCGUGGCCGGCCUCGCCCCGGCCAGCACGUACACUGUUGCCGGCCAGGCCGUGGUCACGCAGGCGGCCGUGCUGGCCCCUCCUAAGGCAGAGCCGCAAGAGAAUGGAGACCACAAAGAAGUCAAAGUAAAAGUGGAGCCUAUUCCUGCGAUUAGCCAUGCCACGCUGGGCGCCGCUAGCCGGAUCAUACAGACGCCACAGACCACCCCCGUGCAGACGGUCACCAUCGUGCAGCAGGCUCCUCUGGGUCAGCACCAGCUACCAAUAAAAACUGUGACGCAGAACGGGACUCAUGUGGUGCCAGUCCCUGCCGCCGUCCACGGCCAGGUGAACAACGCAGGGGCGAGUCCUCUGCACAUGCUGGCAACACACGCAUCGGCGUCCGCCUCCCUGCCCACAAAGCGCCAGAACGGCGACCAGUCGGAGCAGCCGGAGCUGAAGCGGGUCAAGACGGAAGACGGCGAGAGCAUCGUCAUCGCGCUGAGUGUGGACACGCCGCCGACGGCCGGCAGGGAGAAGGGUGUCCAGAACUAGCGACUGGGACAGCUUUUCUUACUUUAAUAUCAACUCUGUGGUGCCAAAAGGAGACACUGCCUCUCACCGACGCUCGGAACGCCGUCUCGGUGGGUAGAGGGCCCUGCGGUUGGACUUCACCUCAGCACUGAAAACACAAAACCCAGGUGGCCUUACGCUCCUUAAAGACAGAAGUCACACCUGAACAAAACCACAUGCAACAGAGCCUGGUUCCGGCAGCGUCUCCCCGCCGCGGGCUCAGCUGGUGACUCCGGAUCAGAGGCGCGAGGUCCUGGUUGAGCCCGUGCCUGGGGCAGGCGGAGCUGCCGGGACAGGGCGGGCGCCGUCCCCGCUGCCCUCCCAGGACGCUUGGGGCUGGCGCUUGCAGAUGAGACCGUGUUUUGUUGUCCACAUGUGGAAUUAGAGUAUUUUGAGGUGUACUUUCUUUACGAAAUGAUGGGGUCUUUGACAUUUCACAUCACUCCAUUUCUACUCUGGAAAUUUUGGAAUCACACAGGACUUUUUGUGUUGAUUUCAUUUGGGGAAAAGAAACAAUGUAGUUUUGUUUUUGUUGUUUGUUUUCGGCCUAUGGAAUGAUUUCCUUUUGUCUAUCCUGUUAACGUUCAGAUGGAGCUGCUUGAGGACAUCUGCAGGUUUUCCGUGUUAGAGCAGGUGCCGAUGCGUUUAGGAUGGACAGACAGACUGACUGGACAGACGGAUGCCCAUGCUGGGCUGCAUGUAGCCAUGACCGAAAGAACUGCCGGACUCUCCGAGCUGCACUUACCUGGUUCUCUUUCCUGCUACUUUCUGUUGUUUGUUUCUUUGUGUUGACUUUGUCCCGGCAUAAUUUUCCACUCUAAGUAAAACAAGCCUCCUAAGUGUUGUGUGUGUUUCAAACGACAGAACUGUUCCUCCUUCAUUUGGAAAAAAGAUUCCGUCUUCUUCCACAUACCCUUUGCAGACAAGUGUCAUAGGUCUCUCUGUGGCACGUGCCUAGUCACGGUCACCGGCUCGAGGCACAGAGCCAUCGUCCGACCAGCCGUCCACCCGGUGACGCUGCCAUCUGCCCGGCACGCGGGGAGCAGCAGGUGCGGGGUGGAGGAGAGGCUGCGUGUUAACACGAGGGCCUUGGAAACAUCCAGGUCCUUCUCUGAUUUGUGACAGGAAAUCCCCCUCAGCCUUUCAGAACUGAAGCAGUCCUAAAGCUGACUUCUCUCCUACAAGACACAAAAGUGAGAUGAAACAAAGGUGAGUGAAUGAGCAGUAAGGGGCCCCCUCCCCGCCCCCCCCCCCCCCAACCCGCCCGGCCUCCGUCACGCUGCCCCUGAACAAAACCCUUGGCCUUUCCAGAGCGUCCUGAGGGGGUCAGGGCUGAGCAGCCGUGCAACUAGAAGAGGGCUUUGGCCUUAUUGUGAACUUUUAAAUGUCAUCAUCAUCAUGUUAUUUAUUUAAAUGUAGUUAUUUUGGUAUUUAAUUUUUUUUUUAAAGAGAGGGAAAACCCUGUAUUUUCCUGGUGGAAUGAAACGGCUCAGAGUGGUAUAUUUAGGCAAUUUUAAAACCUUAUUUACCUACAGACCAAAUAUGAUAAAUUUGUUCUAAGUAUUGUGUGUUAACCCACAGUACGGAGCUGUCACAAUGUUAUUGCAGAUAAUGCGUAUGAAAAAUAAUGAAAUUACUGCACACUAGCUGGAUUUAUAACUCAGCCAUUAAAGAAAAAUAAAAAUGAAACCAUCAUGUGAAUGAGGCCCCACGUGUGUGACAGUGGCAGGUAACUUGCAGGCUGGAGCCCGGAUGGGUCAGAGUGCCUCAGGGCAGCAGUCUGCAUCUUCCAGGCACUUUACAGACAACCUUGGAAUGUAUGGUUUUUGUCUUUUUACUCAGAAGGUUUGCGAUUUGCAAAAUAACGCCGAUUGCAUAAUGUCCUGCGUAGGGUCAGGUCGCUCCGCUGAGUGGUCCAGACCUGCCAGUCAUGACUCCCGUGGGCUCUGACUGAGCUCUGGGCAGGUGAAUGGUCGAGGCCGCCCCAGCGCGAACACGGACUUGGCCAGUGCAUCGUGUGUCCGCCUGGAGCCGUGUCUCCACAGCAGUGUACCUGUCACCGUCCAGAAAGACUGGGGUAGUUCUCCCAAAGUAAGCCCAGUCCAUCAGUUGGUUAUUUCUGAGCCUAAAACAGAGACUUUGUGGGUCUGGAGGGACUUUUGCUGGGAUUAUAGACUUUAAAAAAAGUACCCAGCUCUCAAAUAUUUUUGCUGUAAAGCAGCUGGCGUGUGCCUUUUUCAGAGGGCUUGGGGGCCUCUUCCUUGUCUUGUUCAGUUGGCUGAUUGAUUGGCACAUGGAAAUUUAAGACUAUCAAGGAGAAGGCAGAAAAACAACAUGGAUUAGCAAAUAGUCGUAUCCCGGGCACUUAAAAACCGUUUGCAGUUUAGCUCUGAAUUCCCAGGAGCCCUCAAAACAUCCACGGCCACUGAGCUCGCGUCCCUGCCUGACUCCUGGUGCCCCCUCAACAGACGUGUUGCUCCGAACUAAUCCCCAGCUGUUCACUGGAAGUUCCUAAAUGUCUUACUUCAGGACGUUUCUGCUUUGACCUUUGCCAGACUUCUGAGCUCCCCAAGGAACUAGAAACUUCAUUUGAACAGCUUUGCCCCAAACCAAACAGAAAUACGAAAGAGAAGCUCACAUGUGAGCCACGUGGCGCGGUGUGUCUGGGCAUGACUUGGGAUCCCUCCUACUCUGGCAUCCUUAAGAGUCUCCACGUGGACAGCUGAGCUCCUUAAAGACACCACUCCCUUCACCAUCCUCCCUUAGAACAGCAGCAUAGACCCUGAGUCGGGCGGGGCAGCCCCAGGACUUAGGAUUUCCAAGCUAUGUGACACAAGGAGAUCAGUGACAGUCUUCAAGUCCUAACCUCCACAGUUCUAGAAAGCAUAGUGGUGAUUUGUGUGCAAAGAUUUUAAAUUUUAAAACUACCAAGUUCCUGAAAUUCAAUAAAAUAUUUUUACUAAUUUUAA